AUUUUAUUUUACUUGGAUCCUUAGUUCUUUAGUUCUCCUUCUCCUGCGAGAAACAGAACUUUCAGAAGCGGAAUCGCUCACUAUUGAUCCGAUUCCACCGUCAUCGGAUCUUUCUGCAGCCACCGUCUAUCGCACUUCGUUGCCGUCAUUGGCGCCGGAAUUCUGAAUGUUAAUGAAUUUGUGAAGUAAUGAUGAGUGGAAGAGCUAUCCAAUAACAUGACAUGAACUGCAAAUUCUUGUAUACUUGAAGGUUAAGACAGCUUAAACAAUACAAGGAUGUUUUCGUUGUUUUAUGGACUAUGGAAGUACUUGUUCAGCAAGAUGGAGCUUCAUGUACUCAUUCUGGGGAUUGACAAGGCUGGCAAAACGACUUUGCUGGAGAAGAUGAAGUCGGUGUACUCAAAUAUAGAAGGCAUUCCUCCUGAUCGAAUUAUUCCAACAGUGGGAUUGAAUAUUGGUCGCAUUGAAGUGGCAAAUAGUAAACUUGUGUUCUGGGACCUAGGAGGUCAGCCUGGUCUUCGCUCAAUAUGGGAGAAAUAUUAUGAAGAGGCACAUGCUGUAAUAUUUGUUGUUGAUGCUUCUUGUCCGUCACGCUUUGAAGAUGCGAAGUCAGCACUGGAAAAGGUGCUUCGGCACGAGGAUCUGCAAGGAGCCCCUCUUUUGAUAUUAGCGAACAAGCAGGAUAUUCCUGAAGCAGUAUCAGCUGAUGAGUUACCUCAAUAUUUGGAUUUAAAGAAGCUGGAUGAAAGAGUUUUCAUGUUUGAAGCUGUGUCAGCAUACGAUGGAAUGGGGAUUAGGGAAAGUGCAGAAUGGUUGGUGGAGGUGAUGGAGAGAAGCAAGAGGACUGAAAUGUUAAGAGCGAGGGCAGGUGCAAUGGGUGCAGGUCCCUAGAAGGGUCUUACAUUAAACUGAAGUUAUUUCUCGGUUCCUUUAUAUAGCUUUGUAAAUCCAACUUGAAUUAUACAUGAUUAAAAGUCAGUGAGCUGAAAAGGUAAAAGAAUAACUUGGUGUUGCAUUAAACUGAGCCUUGAAAUUUGAUGCCAUGGUUUAAUUUGUAAUACAGCCGUUUCAUGAGAGGCUCAGUCUCCACUCUCCAGUAUCUCUUAGAGCAAUUUUUCUUCUGACAUGCCUUGUAAAAGCAAUCUGUGAAAUGAUGGGCUGCGCCGGAGGGUUUUCUGCUUCUGCCUCCGGGCAUACUUUUGUCAACCCUAAAUUGUAAUUGGUACGGUUUCUAUUUGACUGUAUUAAUUUACUUUCCUAUCUGUAACAUUGUAUAAGCACUGCUCUGCCAUAUUGUUCCAGGUACUUGCACUUGGUAUUCGGAGCAUAUAUGGUAUAUAUGCAAAGGGACACUUGGGUUGUAGCCAAAAUUUUAUGGGAGUAGUGUGAUUGGGGUGGAUGUACUUACGUUUGAUUUCCAUGCGAGUCAUGCCAGAGGAAAAGUUUGGUUUAACUCUGGAAAAAGGGCAGAAACAACAAACAGAACUAAACUUUCUUGGUAGGUCAUUCACCAAUAUUAUUUCGCAAUGCGUGUCAAGUAUUUUGUCUUCUCUCGAGAAAAAACGUAGUUAUAAAACUGAUUUCUUCUCA